ACUAACUCUACUCAAGUAGAACAUGAACAACUACAUCCGCCCUCGGCUAGUUGUAAUACAACUCCUUUCAUUGUUUGCGAGGGCGCCCUUUCGGGACACCUGUACACCUACCGGGGAGGACGACAAGCAGUUCAGGUAACCGCAGUUUUGCCUCCACGUACAGAAGAGGCGGAAGAAGAAGUUUAUGAACCAGCUCGACACACUAACACUAUGCGCGCUGGUGCUCAUGGUCAAGAGAGAAGUUCUAGAACUAGAACAGGGUCCUCGUCUUCUCCAAAAGCUGGCGGAAGCUUGAAAAUAAAACGGAAAGAGACGCCAAUGUUGAAAAACAAGGACACCAGAAAUGUUAAACCCGCGCCACGUUUUGCCUAUCUGCUGGCGAACACAGUGAGACAAAAGCUGCGUUUUCAUUUCUACGAACGGUCCAAAGAAAGGUGGAAACGGUUUGUCACGAAUACUACAGAGGAAAAAAGUACGAUCACAGGCAGCGAUCAUGCCGGCAGCUGGUCUUGUCCACAAAUAAGUGCAUCAACAACUCGGGGAGAAAUCAUCACACGCAAUUUGCAAAGCGUGAUGCGCAAGGAACACAACCCGGUGAUCCGAAUCAAACUGCACCAGUACGAUACAGCUGCAGCAGCACGGCGUGUAGUAUCCGUAGCUCAAUCGGUAAGGCAAGCCACUGGAACUAGUGCAGCGUACGACCCGGCCGCUGAUGUUUCCCUUUCUGAAAAGAAGCGCGAAGAUCUAUUUCACAAGUGCCG